AUGGCCGACUCCAUUCUGGAGGUGCUCGCUCCCUAUGUCGACAGCAGCAAUGGCCCGGCGUCGCUGGCCACGGAUGCCACCGCUGUCAAGUACAUGAACCGCCUGACAACGCUGUCGCUCGACAGCAUCAAGACAACUGAACCCCAAUCGAUCUCCCAUUCUGCGCACUCAACUCUGCUGUCUCUCCAAGCUCUUUCCAACCGCUCGCACAAGGCGUUUAUCACAUCGGCCGACCACCUUUCCAAUCUCCAAACCCUGAUCCCGUCCCUAGCCCAAGAGGCCAAGGUGUUGCAGAAUGGGAUACCCAAGCUGGACGAAGAAGCCGUGCGCUUCUCGACGAGAUACGCCAAGACAGGCGAUAAUCAGAUUUUCGACCGCCGAAAAAAGGCAAUGCAAUUGUCGAGGAACGUGGACCGAAUAUCGGAUGUAUUGGAGCUUCCGGCUCUGCUGUCAACUGCUGUGUCGUCGUCUUCGCCCUCGUCGGCAGCAAAUAAUUCGGGUGCGGCAGCAGGAAGUUUGUCGACGAGCAAGUACUCGACUGCGUUGGAUCUCUAUUCACAUAUCAAACGACUUCAAUCCCUCUAUCCGGACUCGCCGUUAAUCAAGGACAUUGUUCUACAAGCAGAAGACGCCAUGAAAGACAUGACCACAAAUCUUAUUGCAGGACUAAGGACGCAAAAUAUUAGGCUCGCAGCUGCCAUGAGGACUGUUGGCUGGCUUAGGCGGGUGGCUCCUGAGCUGGAGAACCCGCGAGGAAAAGGAAGCUCGACCGGACCCGAUGAAGGAGCGUUUGGCGCUCUGUUUCUCGUUUGCAGACUGGCAAGUCUGGUUUCUACGCUGGAAGCUCUCGAACCUCUGAGAGAAUUGGCAGACCAGGAAACCAAGCGCAGAACAGAAGGGACCACGACGGAACAAACAUCUAAGUCGAGUGCAUGGUCUGGAGGACAGCAAACGGAGCGAUUUCUAAAACGGUAUAUUGAAAUAUACCGCGAACAGAGCUUUGCGAUUGUGUCAUUAUACAAGAAUAUAUUCACGACAGAGACAGUCGACAACGAGCUGGUGUCAGCCAGCAUGUCAGGACUGAAGACGAAGCCACCGCCUAAACAGGUCAAAAAGAGCGAUCCGCUCCAAGCUCUUCCACCAGCCCUUGCAACUUUUCCGAUCCAUUUAGUACAGCUGCUCACAGACACUCUUCGCGGCUAUCUCCCCAAUGUACGAGAUAAGAGUUCCAGAGAAAGUUUGUUGACCCAAGUGCUCUACUGCGCUGCUAGUCUCGGGCGUCUAGGCGGUGAUUUUAGCAUGGUCCUGACGGAGCUCGAGACUGACGAAGAAGACGAAGAAUCCGAGGACGACGAGGCCGGUAUUGUCCGGGAGUGGGAGCAAGUCAUGCGCAAACACCGCGCUUUGGCAGGGAAGCUCGAACAGCUUACCAAUGGACCAAAGAGCAGUCCUGUAUCUCCGUAG